AUGGCCAUCUUCGAUUCGGAGAAGCGCCCACGAGGCCUGCGUGUCCCAUCCCUUACAGCAAUGAAGUCCUCUGCGGCCGCCAAAUCGCAAUUCUCCUUCCACAGCAAGAAAUCCACUGAAUCCGUGCCCUCCGAAGAGUCACAAGUCAAGGCAGCCCCUCCACCACCACCAAAGCCAGCACCACCCCCCAACAAGGAACUACCCAUUCCCCCUCAGGAUCUACCAGCCAUUCCUGCCCCCUCCCAACUCACCGAAAACCCCUACUUCCCCUCCAUCCGCGAUGCCCAAGAGCGGCGUCCAAUCCAACGGGUCCCUGUCCCCGCGCCAGCGCCAGCGCCAGCCCAAGCUCCCGCUCCCGCUCCCGCAAAGGCCCCCUCGCCCCGCGCAACCGGACUGCGUAACAAGGCAUCGCAGCCCGAUCUGCGCGUCCAGGAGCCCACCCCACCAAUGACGCUGCCCCCAGCGCCCCAGUACCCGACCCCCCAGCCCUCGCCUCAGCCCGCAGCGCAAGAGCCCCAAGAAGUGCGCGAAGUCCAGGACGAACCUAGUCCUCAGCCUGAAGACUUCAUUCCUACCCCGGACAGCGCCGAGCCGAAUGAGAUUCCAUCUGCGCGCUCAGAGGAUACUUCGCCCUAUGUCGCACCGGACUUUGAGCCCGUGGCGCCGAGCCUGAACAAGACCCAUUUGACCUGUUAUCAGGAGCAUCGGGCUAUGCCGAUUGCGCAGAACAAAUGGUGUCCGAUGCCUUGCAUGACGUGCAAUAAGUUCGAUACGGAGAUCAGACACCGAUGUGUGUUCUGUUGCUUGCGCGUUUGUGAGGGGUGUUAUCAGAUGUUGCAGAAGUGCAAGAACCGGUCUGUGGAGGAGCUUGUUGAUCGGAUUGCGUGA